UCGAUGAGCUCCAGCCCACAAGAAAAUAGAGUGGCUGGUAUUGUUCCGGGGAAAUUAGAGAAAGAGAGAGAGGUUGGACAGGGGAGAUGAGGGAGCCGAGGCUUUUGAUAAGGUUUGGAUUGAGGUCAGGAGCAGGGUUUUGGUUUCCGAUCUUCGUUUGUUGAUUCGAUGUUGCUUUGAUUCGAUGGAAGAUCGGCAUGGCGAUUGGCGAGAGGUGAUUAUUGAUUGUGCCCUGUCAUGAGGUAUAUUCUUCGGCAGCUGGUGGGAGCUAUGGAGGGGAGAGUCUUACUUGUGGAGGAUUUAAAGGCGGAGUGAUUUGGUGCUGGUGUUUUUUUAGUUGAUUUUAGAACUUGAUCAGUUUCGGGGAUGGAGAUGAACUCGUUCGGAGAAGAUCUGGUGGUGAAGGCGAGAAAGCCUUACACGAUCACGAAACAGCGGGAGAGGUGGACUGAGGAAGAGCACGGCCGGUUCCUGGAAGCUUUGAAACUGUAUGGUAGGGCAUGGCAACGCAUAGAAGAGCAUAUUGGUACUAAGACAGCUAUCCAAAUCAGGAGCCAUGCUCAAAAAUUCUUCACUAAGUUGGAGAAAGAAGCUGUUGCGACAGGUAUUCCUCUAGGGCGAGUUCAUGAUAUAGAUAUACCUCCCCCGCGGCCUAAGAAAAAGCCAAACUAUCCAUACCCUCGAAAAAUCGGUUCCUGUUCUGCCCCUUCUCUCAUUGAAGCAGCUGAUGAGAAAACCUUAAAAACUGUGAAUCCCAUCCCCCAGGAAAUAAACAAACAAGAGGCCCAGGCCUCUGUUGUAGCUAAAUCACCGCAUCAAACAAAAGAAUACUGUGAUGAGGCUCGUUGUUCAGUAGUUCUAAAUCUUUUUCAAGAGGCUCCGUCAGCUUCCAUCGCCUCCAGAGACAAGGCCUCCAAAAGCCAAUUAAGCUUCAGAGAGUAUGUUCCCACGGCCAUGCCGUUAAAGGAACCACCCUCUUUGAAAAGAUCUUCACUGACGAUCGAAGUAAACAUGGAAUCAACCUCGAAUGGAAUGACUGAAUGUGAUCAGGAUCUACGAAGGACAAGCGGAAUCAACAUGGAACUGCAUGCCUUAUCAGCAAGUUCUGGUAAUGGGGAAACAUCUGGUGCUCAGAAGCAACCGAAGAAUCAAUCAGACACUAACCGUGAAGCUAAGGCGAUGCACAUAAAGUGUGUUGAUGGAUGUAACCUUAAAACAACGCUUGAGAAUGGAUAUUCCUCCUCUAGUGCUAACCCAUUAAUGAACCACACAAUUCCAGCAGCUCCUGCUUUCCAUUCCUGUUCAGCAACGUCCUAUAUUUCUCAUCCAUUUCCAACCUUUCCAUCACUGUCACCGGCUCAGUUACAAACCUCUCAUGAUUUCUACAGAUCUUUCCUUGGCAUGUCAUCAACGUUUUCUAGCGAAAUCGUUUCAGCCUUGCUGCGAUAUUCGGCCGGUCAUGCAGCAGCAUGUAUGUCAGCAGCAUCACACUGGCAUUCUGAUGAAAUGGAUUCUUCCAAGGUGGAAGCUAUUGCGGCUGCUACCGUUGCUGCUGCAUCAGCAUGGUGGACAACUAACGGGCUCAUCCCAUUUUUUUCUCCUAUCCAUGCUUCAGGCUUUGCAUUUUCUCCACCAGCCACAUCAUUUCCUGUGAUGAACACAGAUCAGACUCCACAAGAAAAAAUGGAGCGGCAUGAAACAUACCAAAACUCAAGCCUUGAUCAAACAGCUGUUGUAUCAUCACCAUCAUUGUCAUCAUCAUCAAACUUGGAGGAAAAUGAAAAAAAUUUCUCAAAUUUCAACAAUUUCAAACCAUUAUCUGAUACUGCAUAUCAUGAUUCAGACAGGGCAAAGAUCAACAAACACGAACGUUCUUCUUGUGGCUCCAACACAACUUCCAGCAGCGAAAUCGAACGAUUCACUUCUAUUAAGAAAAAUGGUGAAACGAAAGAUGCGACUAUACAAGCACAGACUGAAAAUCUUCAAGAUGGGGAAGUCAACACUCGCCGCGGUCGAAGUAGUUCAUGCAGUAAUGAAACAUGGAAAGAGGUCUCCCAAGAGGGUCGACUAGCUUUUCAAGCGCUCUUCACCAGAGAUAUCCUGCCACAGUCCUUUGCAACUCAACUUGAUAAACUUGAAUCGGGAUUGCAUGAGGAGGAGAUGGGGAGGACUGGAAGGGAUCAAACCACCCAAAACCAUUCCCUUCCAAUCGAAAUUAAACACGGAAACCUUAAGGUGAGGCGAACCGGUUUUAAACCUUACAAAAGGUGCUCGGCGGAGGCUGGGGUUAAUAAUUAUUCAGCUAAAGAUGAAACAAAUAAUAAGAAAAUUCGUAUGGAAGGAUGAGUUUAAUGUCUAAAAGCUUGGACUUGCAUCAGUGCUUUAUGUUACGUAGAAGCUGAUUAGUAAGUAGUAGUAGUGUAAAGUGGACUCCUUUGUAGAUGGCUCAACUGUUAUGCAUAAAUAAUCUUGUCCAGCAAUUGCUAGAUUAGGACU